GAUGGCGUCAGCUCUGGAGCCAGUGCUCUCUGGUUGCAUUUUUGGGGCUUGUUGUUGUCUGUGUUUCGAACGCUUUCUGGCACCUAUUCCUCGGCCAAUCGACCCGAAAUUCCGGUUUCUGGAGCUUCUGAAGAAUACUCUGUAGGAAGAUGAUCAGCCUACGUUGCUUCCUGGAGUGAGGGAUCUGAUCUGGACUGCUUGUUCCAACAGCGCUAGGAAGAUCAACGAGGAAGGAACGGACUGCCAGACAGUAUUUCACACUUACAUUUUCCUAACAGAAAGUCUACAAAAGUAUUGCUACAAUUCUUUACAAAGAUGCUCCAUCUAAACGGAUAACACUAACUGCCAGAAUCAAGGAUUGUACCUGACUGACUGCUUUUGAGACGGGCAGAUAAGACGAUACCCAAGGCUCUUGUAGCUUUGCUUUCUUUUUGGAGUAGUUGCUGUGUCUGUCUGUUGCAUACCCCACCUCUUUGCUUUGGUGUGGCAGCCCUUCAGGAGGAAGGGUCACUGGGUUGUGGGAUCUGUUCUAGGUUGGGGGGGGGGGGCGGGAUUUAGGGAGCCUAUGCUAUGGUGAUCGGCUCCCUCUCUAACAGCUCCUGCUCAGGCACAGAGAGACUUACUGUACCUCCCCGGGACAAAGGAUAGCCUCCUGGACGAAAAGAGAGGAGGAGGAGGACAACGACGAGGCAGCGCCAGGGCUGAGGCCACUGGGUGCUUCCUAACGGUUGUGAGAGUGUGUUGGGCCUUGGCCCAGCAGUAUUACAGCAGCCAUGGUGAAGUUGGCCAACCCGUUGUACACCACCUGGAUCUUGGAAGCCAUCAAGAAGGUGAAAAAGCAAAAGCAGCGGCCAUCCGAAGAGCGCAUCUGCAAUGCUGUGUCAAUGUCCCAUGGGCUUGACCGCAAGACGGUCCUGGAGCACCUUGAGCUCAGCGUUAAAGAUGGCUCCGUACUCAAGGUGUCCAAUAAGGGGCUCAACUCCUACAAGGACCCUGAUAAUCCUGGACGCUUGGCAUUCCCAAAGCCUCGGGCAGGAGGUGGCGGAGGCAGUUCCAGCACCUCCAGCUCUAGUAAAAAACCUGGUCUGGACUGGAACAAGCUCAUCAAGCGCUCUCUAGAGGGCCUUCACGAACCCAGUGGAUCAACCCUGAAGAGUAUUGAACGUUUUCUGAAAUGCCAGGCAGAUGUUGCGGGUUAUCUGUCUGGCAGUGGCUCUAUGGGGCCAGGCCUUUUCCACCAGCAGCUCCGACUGGCUCUUAAGCGGGCAGUUUCUCACGGACGGGUGAUAAAACAAGGACCGCUCUUCCGGUUGGUAAGCAGGAGUUCUCAUAACGACGGGACGGGGUGUGUGUCUCUGGAUUCUCUGCCUCCGGUGCGUCUGCUGCCUCAUGAACAAGAUCGGCCUGUGGCAGAGCCCAUACCCAUCUGUAGUUUCUGUUUGGGGACCAAGGAACAGAACCGCGACAAGAAGCCCGAAGAACUCAUCUCCUGUGCAGACUGUGGAAACAGUGGGCACCCAUCCUGUCUGAAAUUCUCUCCAGAGCUCACAGCACGGGUCAAAGCUCUGUGGUGGCAGUGUAUCGAGUGCAAAACCUGCAGCAGCUGCCAGGACCAAGGAAAAAAUGCAGACAACAUGUUGUUCUGUGACUCCUGUGACCGAGGUUUCCACAUGGAAUGUUGUGACCCCCCACUGAUGCGAAUGCCAAAAGGCAUGUGGAUCUGUCAGAUCUGUCGGCCAAGAAAAAAGGGAAGAAAGCUCUUACAUGAAAAAGCAGCACAAAUUAAGCGGCGAUAUAAUGCACCACUGGGGCGACCGAAGGGCAGACCGGGCCGUCCCUUUAAGAAGCUUCGAGGUGGUGGGCGUGGCAGGAGAAGGCGGGGUGCCGGAGGCGUGGACCAGCGCUCACAAGGCUCCUCCUCCCCACACUCUUCCUCCAGUUCCUCAUGCGAAGGUUACCCUGGCGACGAUCGCAUGCUGUUCUCUCUCAGAGAAGAUGAUUCUGUGCAUGGUGGCCUGCGUUUUAACAAGAAAACAAAAGGCCUAAUCGACGCCCUAAGCAAGUUCUUUACGCCAUCCCCGGACGGGCGGAAAGCCCGUGCUGAAGUGGUGGACUAUUCCCAGCAAUAUCGUAUACGCAAGAAGAGCAACCGCAAGGGCGAGCACGAUGACAGGACAGGAGACAAUCAGGAGUGUGGAGACGGCUGGCGGGAGGACGAAGACAAACUGCCAGGACAUGAGAACCUAACUGAGAAAGACGUGGAGCUCUUCAGACACAUUCAGGAACUGGCACUACAGAAAGUCGGGGUGACUGGUCCACCGGACCCCCAGAUGCGCUGCCCAUCUGUUAUAGAGUUUGGGAAGUAUGAAAUUCAGACGUGGUACUCUUCUCCAUACCCACAGGAGUACAGCAGGCUCCCUAAGCUCUACCUCUGUGAGUUCUGUCUGCGCUACAUGAAGAGCCGCAGCAUUCUCUACCAGCACAUGCGAAAGUGCAACUGGUUUCACCCACCUGCCAACGAGAUCUACAGGAAGGACGACGUGUCCGUGUUUGAGGUGGAUGGAAAUGUCAGCACAAUAUACUGUCAGAAUCUGUGCCUGCUGGCCAAGCUCUUUCUGGACCAUAAGACUCUGUAUUAUGAUGUGGAGCCCUUCCUCUUCUAUGUGCUCACACAGAAUGACAGUAAGGGCUGCCAUCUCGUAGGAUACUUUUCAAAGGAGAAGCAUUGUCAACAAAAGUAUAAUGUAUCCUGCAUCAUGAUUCUUCCACAAUAUCAGCGCAAGGGCUAUGGACGAUUCCUCAUUGACUUCAGUUACCUGCUGUCCAAGAGGGAAGGCCAGCCGGGCUCACCAGAGAAGCCAUUGUCAGACCUUGGCCGGCUAUCCUACAUGGCAUAUUGGCGUAGUGUGGUGCUGGAGUGCCUACAUGAGAUCAGAGAUCGACAGCUCACCAUCCGCAAACUCAGCAAAAUCACUGGCAUUUGCCCUCAAGAUAUCACGGCCACUCUGCUUAAUUUGAAUAUGCUGGAACAGAGAGGGGACCGGGUGAUUAUCCUGCGAAGAGAGAAGCUGGUGGCUUCUCACAUGGCCCGACUGAAGGCCAAACCUCGGCUGCUAGAAGUCGAUCCAGACUGCUUGCGCUGGACACCUGUUAUCAUCACCAACACAGUAGUAUCUGAAGGAGAAGGGGAUGAGGAAGAGGAAGAAGGAGAGGAGGGACCUAAAGAUAUCAAACCCAGCCACAAGAGCUCCCCACUCUCUUGGCAUAUGAAAGGAGAAUGGGAAAAGGAGGAAGAGAAAAGGGGCUUCCCAGCGUUCCCAAAAAAACAAAGCUCUCCUCCAUCCUCUUCUGUUUGCAACAGUGUUCUCGGUCCUGAACAUUCUUCCCUUUUUCUUACGGCUAAUGGGGAGCGCAGGGGACCUGGACGCCCUCCCAAAAACUGGUUAUGGGGCAAGGUGAAGGAUGCACCACGUACAGGACCAGGUCGACCCCGUAAACUAAGGCCCCCAGAUGAUGAGGAGGAGGAGGAGGAGGAAGAAGAGGAGGAGGAGGAUGAUGAGGAGGAUGAAAGAACUGGCAUUAAUAAAGUGACAACAUCACCAAUGCUCUUGGCCUUAGAAAAUGAGCCUGACUCCACAUCAGCCUGUCCCUUGGAGGCUUCUAGGCACCCCGCAGUUCCACCAUCACGCAGCAGAGGACGGCCUCCACGGAAAAAGCGUGGCCCAAAACGCAGGCUUAGUGAGGAGCCUGAAGAUGACCUGCCGUCGUUGCCCCACACCACAAGGCUGAGUGAAUCCAUGCCAACCUUUAUCAGUGAGAGCAGUGAAGAUGAGGAUGAAGAUGAUGAGGAAGAGUUAAGAGCUCGUUCACCACCUGUCCUCACCAAGCCCACAUUAGGGCUUAAAUGCAAGUCUCAGAAGUCCUUGCGAAAGCGGCGUGUACGUCAGCGCAGCCAUCCCCACAGCAGUGUAGUUACAGAGACCAUCUCAGAGACAACUGAAGUUCUGGAUGAGCCAUUUGUGGAUUCAGAUUCUGAAAGGCCCAUGCCCAGACUAGAAGAGGAAACUCCAUUUGGCAACCCUCUCCGAUGUUACCCAGCAGCCCGCAAACACAUGGGACUUGCCCCAAAAAGCAUCAACAGAGGCAAUCUGACUGAAUCGGAGGAAGAUGAUCCCACUCCUGUGUUGAAGCCAGUUGCUGUCCUGAGAAGACUUGAACCUUCAGAGGCCACACAGAGAACAGGGGCAACAGCCGAGAUGCCUGAGGUUCCAGUAAAGAGGAAGAAAGGCUGGCCUAAGGGCAAGAGUCGCAAACCACUCCACUGGAAGAAGCGUCCAGGCAGGAAGCCUGGUAGUGGAGCCGGUCAGACAGGUGACACCAGUCUGGCAGAUCCAUCCUCAGAGGACCCACCACCCCCAAAGAUCAAAAUGAAGCCUGGCAGGAAACCUCGUAGCUAUUACCUGCAGCGGGCCCAAGAGGAAGCAGCCAAACAGGAGUUUGAGAGAAGCCGAUUAGCUCAGCAGCAGCUAGACAAUUCAACAUUGGAGGACAAAACCUGUAAAAGGACAGCCAGAGCCUUAACAUCUGACCUCAGCCCUGAGAAACAGAACGACUCUGAAGAGGAAGAUGAUUUCCUUCAGGACUUUAGAGAGCCAUCCAAACCCAAAAGGCGAGGUCGGCCUCCAAAAAAUGGCAACCUCCCUCCCCCUGUACCCAAAUCUCCCCCUGUGUCUGAGCCAGAAGAAGAUGAGGAGGAAGACAGACCAUGGUCAGUUGAGAAGAUCAGCCGUCCGCCUUCUCGUACCAUGUCGCAGUCUUCCAGCACCAGAGUCUCUCAGCCAAGAGCUAACACAGACAUGGCAGAUGCAGAGGAGGGCGAAGAGCGGGAUGUUGAAGAUUGCGAUAAUGGGGUUAAUCGGAGAACAGCAGCGACACCAGGCUCAGGAAGCCGGCGUAGUGAUGAUCAUGAUGCCGACGAUGAAGGGGAUGGCCGUCUUGAAGAGAAAAGUGACAGCAGCAGUAGCACUAAAACGAGAAAGGGCCCAGAUUCAGAGGAUGAUGUGGAGCAGCAAGAGGAUGAAGAAGAGGAACCAUCAUCACCUGCUCGCUCUCCCCCUGUGAAAGAAGAACCCCAGAGCAGUGAGGGUUUUUUAGACUUACAGGCAAACAUGGCACGGGAUUAUGUCAGCAAACAGGAAGAAGCUGAGGACGAGGAGGAGGAUGCAGAGGAAGUGCAGGAGGUGAAGACUAGCUCUGCUGAUACGGAAGAACGGCAACGACGAGAACAGGAGGAAUCUGCAGCGGCUGCGGCAGCUGUAGAGACAGUAACCGCUAUCGCAGUGCCCUCUGAACCACUGGACAUGCAGCCUUUACACAUAGAGGAAAAGACUGUGCUCAUGAUGGGGACUGAGCAUUCACACCAGCAUCCUGACUUCAAAGAUGACCUGAGCCACCAGCAACACACGCAUCACCACAGUAGUGAGCUGGAUCUGGAAACAGUGCAAGCUGUCCAGUCACUUACGCAAGGAGAAGCCCAGGAGGAGGAUUCAGAGUCCCAUGGAGCCUACCAGGAUUGCGAAGAGACACUGGCUGCCUGCCGAACCCUCCAGAGCUACAGUCACGGUGAGGGAGAGGAGGAAACACUAGCGCUGGUGGAAGAUUGUGGAGCCUCCCAGCACAGUCCCAUGCCCAACCCACCGAUGCCCGUGUUACCAAACCAGUCUGUCCGUUCAGUCAACAGUCCUGGAAUGACUCCUGGUCCUAUGGACCCUGGACCAGGAGUGCCUGGUCCCACAGGAACUGGAGGGGGAACAGGUGGAGGGUAUACUCAAAUAACCCCUGAGCAUCCCAGCUCUCUAUCAGCUCCCUCAUUGCAAAACAUGGAGACCUCUCCCAUGAUGGAUGUGCCAUCUGUUUCUGAUCAUUCACAACAAGUGGUAGACAGUGGAUUUAGUGACCUGGGCAGCAUUGAAAGCACCACCGAAAACUAUGACAAUCCGAGCAGCUAUGACUCAACAAUGGGUGGUGGAGGUAAUGGAGGAGGGAAUGGAAGUAAUGGAGGUGGCAUGUCUGCAGCUGCGGCAGCAGUGGUAGCAGCUUCCUCCUCUUCGUCGUCUUCGUCCUCUAGUUCAGCCACACCUUCGUCAUCAUCUUCGCAAGGCAACAGCUGCUCCUUCGUCUCAACUCCUGGGCUGACGUCCUCCAGCACAGGCGUUGGCUCUCAGAUUGCCAUGGGUAGCUGUAGCCUUAUCCAGCAAGCAGGUCCAGGACCAACCAAUGGACCUGGUGCUAACAGCGGUAGUAGCGUCCCACAACCUCCUCCCCCACCUCCUCCCCCUCCAAGUAGCACUCCAAGUUGCGGUAUAAAGUCUCCGCAAGGCUGCGUCAUCGAAAGGCCGCCAAGUGCCAGCCAGCAGCAACAGAAGAAGGUCUCUCAACCAACUCAACAACAGCAAAACCCUCAACCGCAGCCUCCACCCUCUGCUCCACCACCCCCUCCACCUCAACAACAAGCACUCUCGCAGUGCAGUAUGGGAAAUGGCUUCGCUUCCACACCCAUGAUCAUGGAGAUUCCUGAAAGUGCAGGCAGCGGUGGAGGAGGCCGGAGUUUGUAUGACCGCAUGGGUCAGGACUUUGGCGCUGGUGGCUAUGGACAACACUCUGCUUCUUUCAGUUUAGCCAAACUCCAGCAGCUAACCAACACCAUCAUGGACCCCCACGCCAUGUCUUAUUCACAUUCAGCAGCAGUCACCUCAUACGCGACGAGUGUUUCGCUCUCCAACCCAGGCUUAGCGCAGCUUGCUUCUUCCCCACACCCACCGUUGCCCCAGGCUCAGCCCACUAUGACCCCACCUCCCAAUUUGAGUUCUGGCUCCAUGAAUCUUGGUUCCCCCUUGAUCCAGUGCAACAUGACAGGCGCUAAUAUUGGACUACCUCCCCCUCCCCAUUCACAGCGGUUGCAAGGCCAAAUGGCCACAGUCAAAGGCCACAUUUCAAUUCGGUCCAAAGCCUCUCAAAUUCCUACGGGCUCCCCUCACCAGCAGCAAUUGUACAGUCGCAGCUCUGGUGCUGUGACCAUGCAAGGCACCCCACGCACUCUAGCGGUGCAACGUGGCAUGAUGACAAACCUCAUGCCCACACCUGCCGCCUACAACUCCAUGAACAUGAAUCCGCUCAAUGCUGCCAUGUCAGCUGGCUACCGCAUGCCACAGCCCAUGAUGAACAGUGGGUACCAUAGUAACCCGCCAUAUAUGAACCAGCCGGCCCAGUACCCCAUGCAGAUGCAAAUGGGCAUGAUGGGAGGGCAGGCUUACCCACAGCAGCCUAUGCAGCCCAAUCACCAUGGCAACAUGAUGUACACGGGCCCCUCGCACCACAGCUACGCUGGCGUCCCCAAACAGUCGCCUUACAUGAGCAGAUGAGCACCAGAGAACGAGCAGAGAGAGACGUUCCCCACCGGACUCUGCAUCUCUGUACUUUUUCCAUUUGUAUCCACCCUCCAAAGUCUGCGCAAAAAGGCAACAAGAUAAGUGAGCUUGGUGGAAGAAGAGGACAUAGAGACUGCGACGAUUUCUUUUCCUUGCUAAAUAUGUUGUCGUCAAGCUCUGUUCCUUUUAGGUUCAUUUCCCAGUUGCCUGAGCUGGGGAGAUGAUGAUGAUGAUGGUCUGAUCACGGGAGAUGAUCUAAUGGACCUUUAUUGUGGCAAGUGUCACGCUCCCACAGACCCUGUCUGCCGUGGUUGUACCAACAGGGGUUGGACCACCGAAAUGUCCGCCACUCCAUCCGUGAGACAGAAGGGGCGAAGUAUCAAAGCAGCUAAAGGGGAAGUGGACCUAACUUUUCAAACUGAGAAACAAAUACAUUUACGUUGUUAUUGAACGUACAUUGAAUCAUGCACACAAUCGUUCAAUUGACAUAGGAAGCCUUACCUAAA